CGCUACGGACGCGUUUCACUGGUCAGAGAUUAGGCUUGAACGCGUGCAAAGUUCACGCGGGCGCGCGGCUUGUUUUUUUUUGUUUUCGUUCGUUCGUUUGAUUUUGACUUUCGAGGAGUCGAUUAAUAGUAUACGGACGGUAACUGCCACCAGCGCUACGUAGUCGCUGGCUUCCUCCCGGUGCUGUUGUCUGUUGAGUAGAGCAGGGUAGAGUAUUCCAUCGCGUGAUGAUACAGAACCUCUCUUUCCCCCGCGGCGCGAGAUAGGUGAUUACAGACAGUGCAGCAUCAAAGAGUGUGAUUAGUUUCGCUGAGUCCAAACAUGACCACUAACAAAGCGUCGGAGUUGUGCGGUUCACCUUAACAUUGGCUGACUUUGUUGCACGUUUCGUGUGAAUCGAGCUGGUGCUUGCGCCUAGUCUAUAGUGAACAAAGUGGCUGGAUUGGAGUUGACGGCCACCGCAGUUUGCUGAUGAAAGUUGCCAUGGAAAGAGGAAGCUCGGACUUUAGUGACUAAAUAUAGCGAACGUGAAGAGUUUAGUGAUUUAGUUCGAUGAUCGUUAUGAGUGACGGCGUGAUCUUUUAACGACGACGCCUGGUUGAUACCUUUUUCGCGUGCGUGUAGCAACAAACCGAAAAGCAGCGCCGCUCCUAGUGUUGUGCCAUUUGUUAUUGUGUAAUCUGACUGGUGUGUCAGUUUGGAUGACUGACUGAAAGUAACGGCAGUUUGCGGAUUCAUAAAACAAAUGCGUCCUACCGCAGUGUUUUAUCGUGUGUGAGUGCGAAGUACUUGAAUUGGCAAAAGCUGUCGAAUAAAAGUGUUAAGAUUUGCUAUAACUGGCAUUUGAAUUGAGUCCACGAGGCUAGCCGAGAUCGCUACUUAGAGCGAAUUUAGGAUUGUUGCAGAGGUAUCUAAAAAGGCUUUAAGGUGGCGCUGUUCGCCGUAAUCGAGAAGCGUUUUCGCACGCGCCCGUUGGACCGUUCCACGCUCCCGACGCCACCAUCGACGCCACCCUCGGAUGCGGACGAUACACUGGCCGUGUACUAUGAUUCGUCACCUUCCUUCACAACGCGGAUCACAACGAGCAUCACCGGUGUCAGCACACGGUGGACCUACGCCACAUCCCGCUACUACCGACGUAAGUCGAAACGCAAAAUGUCUCCACUGUCCAGUCCGAAAGCCAAACCGUACAAGGAGUUCCGCAUGAUAGCCUCCAGUUCGGCAUCCUCUUCGACGUCGUCGAUAUCGUCCUCGAAUAUUGGCUCGUCCGCUGGCACUGCCAGUGGAUCUUCACGAUUGCAACGGCGAAGACGCAAGAAGAAGCGAAUACUUCAGGUCAAGGUAGAGGACACGGUCGUGACCGGCAAGGGCCGCGACGGUGCGAAGGAGGCGGAGGAGGACGAGGAUCAGGAUGAUGAAGAAGAGGACGAGGUGGACGAGGAAGAUGAUUACUCCGAGGAUGACGAAAUCGAUGAGACUGAUAGGCUGGCAGGCAUUAUCAAGGAACAUUCCACUAGCGGGAGUCUCCAUGGCAGUCGAACGGAUGAGCAUUUAUCGAUGCCAUGGUUCGGCAUGGACAUCGGCGGCACCCUAACGAAGUUGGUGUACUUCGAACCGAAAGACAUCACACCGGGCGAGCUGGAUCAGGAAGCCAAAAUCCUGCGCAACAUCCGGCGGUACCUGACGAAACAUUCGGCCUACGGGCGGACCGGCCACCGAGACAUGCACCUCCAGAUGGAUGACGUGGAGAUCAGAGGCCGACGGGGGUCGCUACAUUUCAUCCGGUUUCCCACGUCCGAGAUGGACAAAUUCCUGGCCCUGGCCAAGAGGAAGGGCAUGGCCCAGCUGGUGACGACGGUUUGUGCGACGGGGGGCGGCGCGUUCAAGUUUGAGGAUAAUUUCAAAUACGAGGUCAACAUGAAGCUGGCCAAGUUCGACGAACUGGACGCCCUGAUCAAGGGAAUACUGUUUACCGAGACGCACAAUCCGUGUGAGUGCUACUACUGGGAGAAUGCUAGUGAUAUUAGUGUAAGUUCAAAGAUGAAGUUCGACUUCAGUCAACCGUAUCCGUUCAUUCUGGUGAAUGUGGGAUCGGGCGUAUCGGUGCUAGCGGUUCGGGGACCGGACAACUACAAACGCAUCUCCGGUACCAGUUUGGGUGGUGGAACAUUCCUGGGUUUGUGCUGUCUGCUGACGGGGUGCACGACGUUCGAGGAAGCGAUUCAGCUUGCCACGAAGGGUGACCACACGCGGGUGGACAAGUUGGUGAAAGACAUCUACGGUGGGGACUAUGAACGGUUCGGACUGCCCGGAGAUCUGGUGGCUGCCAGCUUCGGUCAGAUGAACCUCACCGAGCGGAGGGCAAGCGUAUCGAGGGAAGAUCUCGCCAAUGCAACCCUGGUUACGAUAACGAACAAUAUCGGCUCGAUUGCCAGGAUGUGUGCAAGCAACGAGAAAAUCGAUCGGGUGGUAUUCGUGGGAAACUUCCUGCGGGUGAAUCCCAUCUCGAUGAAGCUGCUUGCCUACGCCAUGGACUACUGGUCGAAGGGUACGUUGAAGGCGCUCUUCCUCGAGCACGAGGGCUAUUUCGGUGCUGUCGGCUGCUUGCUGCAGUUUAAUGGCGAGCUUAACGCGCACGUUAACAACGAAGGCGAACUACUGACCUAAGGUGAAACUCGUGAAUAAUGAAUAUGCUUACGCAUUCGCCACAAAACCACACAGACAUACAACGGAAACCAAACACACAAAUGAACACAACAUAUUGAUAUAGAAAUGGGUACGAUCAAAUCUUACAACAGACAAAUAUCUUCAAGUUUACAACAUUUCUCCAAAACCGAUGAUUCGUCGAUAAGAAUGAAGUUUGUAGAUUAGUCUUAGGGAAUCGUUUAGGAUAACCGGCAUGAUAGUGAGACGAUGAAAGUUGAAUUGUUAUGGGUAAGUGCGUUGCUCUGUAUGAAUGUUAUUCGGAAGGAUUUUUAGAGCGAGCGAAUGCAACAACGUCUGCUAAAUUGAGUUAAGAAGUAUGUUUUUUUUUUGGGAAAGCCUUUACCAUUAUCAGCAGUAAAGCUACUAAAUAAUUAUUGAUUAAAUCGCUUUCCCCAGCAGACAUUGUAUCCGCACGCAUGUGGUCGAUCGUUCGUGAGAGUUUUGCAAUCAACGGCUACAAUAGCAACGUUUUACAUAGUCGAGCGUUCUUUUUCAAUUCCUUCAUAGUGUAAGGCACGCUUUUGAGUAAGAUAAGUAACGUAAAUGGGCAAAUUUUAUACGGCUGUUUUGUUUCUUCAAUACAGCCAAGUAGGAAAUGUUUGUUUUUGUAAUUUUAUUGAUUGAAAAUUUAAGGGAAAUUCGUUUUCGUGGUGUAGGAAAAUCCAAUUAUGUUACCAGUUCAUGUUGGUUGCAGUGUGCACGAUUGGUUUACAAUCAGCAAUUGCGUUGGAACGAUUUUGAAGACCAAUAAUCGGUUGCACUAUUAUCCCACUUUACAAACAUAGAACUUAUGAACUGUUUAUCAAAGUAGAACAAAUAAACACAGCAGCCGAAGCAAAUUGGACAGCUGGAUGUGUGUAAGGACAAGAUCCUCGUACCUACGAUGGCCACGGUCAUCUUUAAAAAGACGCAUGUCUUGCCCGCUGCAAAUAUGAUAAAAACGUAGAAUAAGGCACCGUAUAUUUGCCGUAUAUUUUAUUUGGAAAUACUUGGUUAACACAAUUACAGAAAUCUAGAUCAGGCUAUUCGCUCCCUGCAUAAUGUUGUUGAUUUCGUCCCCCCCAUUUUUAUGUAUAGGUAUAUGAAAAACUUCUAGCAAUCCGUAGUUUUCCUUUUUAUUUACAUUUUUUUCUGCAUUUUCUCCUGUUAGUAAGGCAUAGAGCAAAACAAAUUCUGAAAAUAAUACACGGAUCUUCGAAAUUGGCUAAAGU